AUGACGGGCCGGGACGCGCUUUCCGACGGGCGCUCCAGGAGCAGGGCGCUGGUGCCUGGUGGCUCCCCCACCGGUCCGCGCCCCCGAGGCUUCGCCAUCACUGACCUGCUGGGCCUGGAGGCUGACCUGCCGUCGCCUGCCGGCCCCGGGCCGGGAUCGGGCUGCGAGGGCCCGGCGGCCGCGCCCUGCCCGGGUCCAGGGCUCGGCGGCCCCUGCCUGGCGCGUGGGGCCCUCCCGCUGGGGCUCGGCCUCCUCUGCGGCUUCAGCGCGCGGCCGCCCGUGGCCGCUCGGGCGCCCUGCCUGCUCCUAGCCGAUGUGCCGUUCCUGCCGCCCGAGGGGCCGGAGCCUGCUGCCCCGCAAGCCCCGAGCCGCCCGCCUCCCGCGCUGGGCCGCCAGAAGCGCAGCGAGAGCGUCUCGACGUCCGAUGAGGACAGUCCGUCUGAAGACAGGAGUGAACUGAAGGCGUCCCACACCCCAAGCAGGAGGAAGAGGCGGCGGCACAGGACUGUUUUCACUGCCCACCAGCUGGAAGAGCUGGAGAAGGCAUUCAGCGAGGCCCACUACCCUGACGUGUAUGCCCGGGAAAUGCUUGCUGUGAAAACUGAGCUCCCUGAAGACCGAAUACAGGUCUGGUUUCAAAACCGGAGGGCCAAGUGGCGCAAACGGGAGAAGCGCUGGGGCGGCAGCAGCGUGAUGGCGGAGUACGGGCUCUAUGGGGCAAUGGUGCGACACUGCAUCCCGCUGCCUGACUCUGUCCUCAACUCCACUGACGGUGGCCUGGUUGGCUCCUGUGCACCCUGGCUCCUGGGGAUGCAUAAAAAAUCCAUAGGGAUGAUAAGGAAACCAGGAAGUGGAGAAAAGAUGGCAGGACUCUGGGACUCUGACCACUUCAAGGAAGGUUCUAGCCCAAGUCAGGCAGGACCCCAGAAACGCUCAGACGAAGGCAGCCCUGAGAACGGCUUGGAAGAUGUGGCCAUUGACCUCUCCAGCUCCGCCCCGCAGGAGACCAAGAGAGCAUACCAGGGGGCCAGCUCCCAAGGAUGCUCAGACUCCGAGGGGCUGGAGGGGCUCCUGCCUGGGAGGGUGGGGGCUCUCUGAGGCCCACAGGUCCACCCUCGAAGGCUGGAAAUGGGUGCCUUCCUCCCUGGUAUUGUUCAAGUUGUCUAAGAUGAAUCAUCUCAGUUGGAUUUUCUUCUUACGGUGUCAGGAUAAAACUCAAUGCCACUUGCUUAAAGAAGACAAACAGGUGACUUAGGGAAAAUUCUAUUUCACUCUAGAAUGGAAACCAAUCCUUAAACGCACUUGAACCAAUUAAUCUGGUGUAAAAUUUUACUUCUCGUUUGUAGAACUCGAGGAGGGAGGAUUUAAAGUCCAAAAAGCCUAUUUACCGCUGGCGUCAUGCGAGAGUGGGUUCAACACACUCUGCAGAUUAACAGCUUAGGUCUGAUUCGCACCCUGAAUUUGAAACUAUGGUUAUUUAACCCCCAGAGAAUCAGAUGUCUUUAUAAAUAGUGAAGACCCCGCACAGACGUAUUGAAUGAAUUAUUAUCUUUACC